GUCACGUCACACGACCCCACGCAUACUGCGAUAGGAAUACGAGGGUGGGGAAACGCCAUUCCUCUUGGACUCUUUUGGACAGAUUUUAGUGAUAAAAAGUUAAUUUCUUCACCAGAGAAGCUUUGAACUGACAUGGGAGAGAUUCUGGAGGUGACCCAGCAAUUUUGAGUUCUGUUCUAAUCAUAUAAUCUGUGUUGUUUUAGGUGGUUUCUGGUAGUGUCGGGGUGACACUUCGUAUGCCAAAUAUCUACGACACACAGUCACACACUGUACGCCAUACAAAAAGCGAUUUGUGCAUGCAGUACACAGGACUCGGUGUAUGAUAGAAUGUGAAUACUGUGUGUGCGAACAAUCAUCUGAGCUGAGUGAGAGCUAAACCAGUCAGACUGGAACCGAACAAGACACUUACAAGAGCCAGCAUAAAGAGGAACCAGGACAAACCAGAUAUUAUGGCAGAAAGUCGACGCACGUCCAUGCCCCAGACCCUAAGUGAACUCCAGCUCUAUCGAGUCUUAGACCGGGCCAAUCUCCUCCCUUACUAUGCCAACUUCAUCCUUCAGGGUGGAGAUGACGUUCAGCAGCUCUGUGAGGCAGGAGAGGAUGAGUUUUUAGAGAUCAUGUCUUUGGUCGGGAUGGGAAGCAAACCCCUCCAUGUUAGACGUCUGCAAAAGGCACUGCAGGAGUGGGUUGCAAAUCCAGCAGCUUUUCAGGAACCGCUAGCAUCUCAGUCAACCCAUCCAGGUCAGAUGUCUGGUAUUGACGUCCCUCUAGCUGUCAACCUCCCAUCCCAUGGUCAUCACUCCUCAGGAAGAUGGCAGCAUGGGAACGCAUCCACAUCAUCCUCACCGGGUCAUCCGUCUACCACCAGUGCCACACCAAGUCGCAUAUCACCAGGAACCUCCCACCAAAUAUCUACCACCACCCCACCCAGCUUCCGCCCCAUUGGGAACCUGUCAUCCCCUUCCCCUGCUGUCUUCAACGCAGCCCCAAUCGCUCGCUCGGACAACCCGGUCCUGAGCAGGGAGAUUGUCGAGAACAUCCGGGCUUCGGCGGAGAAUGUUGUUCACUCGGAAGGACUGUCUCCAAUGCCUCUUAACAAGAAGGUCACGAGGGAAGUUGAGUACAUCCUUAGUAUGUCUCCAGAUCACCCAAGCAGGAUGGAUGAGAUACGCAAGUGGUCAAGCAUCUAUGGCAGAUUUGACUCCAAGCGUAAGCUGGAAAAACCUCUCACAUUACAUGAAGUAACCGUCAAUGAAGCAGCCUCCCAGCUGUGCAAUCUUGAUCCUCAUCUGAUCUUACAGAGAGAGAAACUCUUUCCUCUAGCCAGACAAGUGGUCAGAGACAGUGGUUACCAGUAUAAACAUGGACAGUCAAGAUCAUCAAAAGGCAAGUCCAAGGGCGAAUCCAAAAGCAAGAGAGCAAAGAUUAACAACGAUCCGGAUCUAAACCCAAACCCGCGGACGGUUCAUGCAGAGAUUAUGAAGAUCAGGAGAGAGGAGAGGUUGAACGAGAUCACAACGCUGUUGAGCAACAUCAAAACCCAACAGUACGACCUGAAGGCCAAGAUAUCCAUCGGCAAAGCAGAGGACAAUCUUCAGAAGGUCUACGAUCUACAGUUAGAGUUGGAGAAACUGACCACCCAACAGCUGGCCUACAUGACGGAGCAGACAGACCUGAUCAAGAAACAGAAGCGAUCAGACAGGUAUUACGUUGCUAAAGCAAAAGCUGAAGGAAGGGAUGAAGAUGACGAAGAAGAGGAUAUUUUACAUGAAGGUUCAAACAACAUCUUGCAGGACGACCAACAACAGCAUCAGUCUCAGCAUCAACAACAACAACAACAGCAACAACACCAACAAACACAACAGCAACAGUCACAGCAGCAACAACAGUCACAACAACAGCAACAGAUGCCUCCACAGCAUAUGACCUCACAACCAGGACAACAACAUCCUGGUCGUAGGUCAAAGUGCUCCUCGCCACAUGUUGAUCAAGGAGAGCAACACAGCACUGACAACACCAACAACCAACAACAAAGACAACAGCAGCAACAACAACAACAGCACUACAACUCUGCAUCAAGGACUGAUGAUAACGACGCACAAACCGAAUCCUGUGGACACAUGCAAAGACAGAUGAGCAGUGGUCAGUCAGUUGGCCAACAAGGUAGGAGGGGUAAGAAUCAGCAUAGUGGUCAUUCUGGUGGUCACUUGGGUAGUCAGACCAGGGGAUCUGGUCAGCAACAUCAACAGCAACAAGGGAGUGGGGAGCAACACUACAACAACCCUACCACCAAUCCAAACAACACUCUAUCCGGCAAUCAGUACAACCACAUCUCUACUACCCACCAGCAGCAUCCAGGUCCUGAUGAUGUCGUCCACGCCGGUCUGCCAAAGAGGGCGGCAUUCAAGGCCCAACGCCAGAUGAUGCAGCACCUGUUAAUGGAUGAGGGGAUAAGAUUAGCACAGACGUUUGGAGGCUACCAUCAACCGCCGGUGACCUUAGUACCAAAUAUGCCUCAGAGUAGUCACUUCCAUCAUGGUGUUGUUGAACAACGUCAAGCAGUUAGCUCACCAUCACAGCCUAUGAGAGUCAUGCAACAUUAGCUUGUAUGAUUAUCAUUGACCUUCUUCUGCUCAACUUGCCAUGAUAUUGAGGCUCGACACAGCGGAUCAGCAGCAAAUCAGAUGGAACUUUGUGCUCGAGAGAUAAGACUGUAUGAUUUUCAUUUACCUGUGGUUUAUGCAUGUGCCAAAGUAAUGUGCCAUUAGUGACAAUCUUGAUAUCGAAAUGUUGUUCAUCUACCAACAACAAAUAGAAACGAUGACUGCUUUGAAAUUGUUCUUACAUCUUUAAAUUUUAUUGUACUAUAUUCAAUCAUGAAGAUGGUUGUGAAUUUAGAUCCAGAGUGUCUCUCUGCAUGAAGUUGUUACCUUCCAAGUCUAAUAUGAAAUAUGAAUGUUCAUGUUCUUUAUCUAUUACAGGGAAAUGAUAUUAGAUAAUACUUAAAAUCAGUUUGUCAUCACUUAAAGGAUGACAUACAUGUAUUGGUUAAGCAGCAUAGUCACACCACUUAAUGAGUUGAGGGAGAGUGAAAAUACUCUCAUUUAUUUCUUUUAAUAUAUAUAUAUACCGGUAUAUGUAAAAA